GGGAGUGAUGGUACUCAGGGAAUUCAGACAUAACUUUGCAGAAGGAGAACAAACCCGCUUCUCAAAAUACCCAAAGGGGUUCACAUUUAUUGCCUGAAGUAAAAAGGUUCUAAAUGUUUAUCAGAAUGAAGAAAUCUGGAGACAGUGGCAGUAAAGUAUCAUUUACCUCAGUUUCCAAUUUUACUAUUCAGUCAAUUCUUGGAACUGGGUCCGAGGACGCGCACAAGGACAGUUCUGAUUCUAGUUCCAGCGCGGCGCUGCUGCAGAGACAACGCAUGCGCUCAGUGUCUUCAGAAGGCUUCAGCGGUGGGGAGGAUUCUACAGACUUCUAUCCUUUACCCGGAGUAAAGAAACCAUGCAAUGACCUCAACGAUCUCACACUUCCUUGCCUAAGUAAGUGAAAAUGCUUUUGUAAAAUGUGUUGUUUUAUUGGUAGCCUACUUUAUAGUUAUUCUGAUAACAAUAACAAUAUCACAUUAUUAUUAUUAUAAUAAACAUAUAACCUAUUAUUAUUUCUAUUGAGUUAUAAGAUAUUAUUAUGAUGAAGAAUGAUCGGCUACAGCAUUGGUUUUAUUUGCUUGCUUAUUAGAAGUCUAUUCGAGAUCUUUCGGCUACUGAUAAAAAUAUGAUUUUAAACUGCUUGAUGGAGAGAAAAAAGUUACUUGGUUGAUUUUAAAUUAUGCUGUGUUUUUAACACAAUAACAAGAUAGCCAAGUUUUUUAUUUUUUUUUAUAAACAUUUGGAUUGAUUACCUUGUUUGCACUAUUUUAGGUGACAAAAACAAACUAAUUCUGGGGCAAGAGAAGGUGAAGAGACAUAAACUUUGUCAUGAUUAUAAAGAAGUGACGAGAGAUACUACUACCAAACAUCACCUGCUAUUUCAGAAGAAAAGGGUCAUAUUGACGACGACAAAACAUCCAACUCAUCCAGAAAGAAGUCUCGGACCGUAUUCUCACGGAGUCAGGUUUACCAACUAGAAUCGACGUUUGACAUGAAACGUUACCUUAGCAGUACAGAACGAGCUAGUCUCUCCUCCAGUCUCCAGCUGACAGAUAUACAGGUGAAAACUUGGUUCCAGAAUCGGAGGAACAAGUGGAAACGUCUGCUUUCUGCGGAGAUAGAGGCGGUGAACAUGGCUCAUGCGUCAUCCGCACAAACUCUGGUUGGGAUGCCGUUCUUCUUCAAAGAGAAUUUCCAGCUACGGAUUCCUGUCCCUGGAUCAAUGACUUUCCCUACACCUCUAUAUUAUCCCGGGAGCAACAUGCAAGCUUUACCUUUGUACAAUUUUUAUAAUAAAAUUGAAUAG